AGUUAAGUUUUAUGUGGUAUAAAAAAGCUGUCGAAAGUGGAAGUGUGAAUGCUGAAAAUGGUCUUGCUGGAUGUUAUAAAAUUGGAUUUGGGACAAAGAAAGAUAAAUCAAAAACUGCUUUACAUUAUAAAAAUGCUUCAAAGAAAGGAAAUUGUACUGCAAUGUUUUAUUUGGUAAAAGAUUAUGAUCACGCAAUGAAUUUAUAUGAAAAGGCUGAUAAAUAUGGAAAUUUAUUGGCAUUUUAUUCCUCGGAUAAUUUACAAAGAAAGAUUAAUAAAAGUGCGUCACAACCACCAUCUGAACCUUCGGUAUCAUCACCACAAUCGGAUUCUCAG